AUGGGACAGGCAGUGACGACCCCACUGUCACUGAUGUUGGACCAUUGGAUGGAAGUUAGACAUAGUGCACAUGACUUGUCAGUUCCAGUGAAGAAAGGACCUUGGCGGAUGUUUUGCUCCUCAGAGUGGCCAACGUUUGGAGUCGGCUGGCCACCUGAGGGUACUUUUGAUGCAACCAUAAUCUCUUCUGUUAAAAGUCUUGUUUUUCAGCCUGGACCAGGGUCUCAUCCCGAUCAGCAGCCAUACAUCAUCAUGUGGCAGGACCUGGUCCAAAACCCUCCACCAUGGGUCAAACCAUGGGUGACCCAGAGGCCAGACUCCCGAGUUCUGGCUCUCAAAGAAUCAGACUGCAAACUGAAAGUAUGGACUCAGAGGAACAGCUGCACGACUCAGCCUGAGAGUCUGCCCCCGGCACCUUCCUCUCCUCCUAAAACUUAUCCUGAGAUUGAGGAGCCUCCUGAGUGGCCUGAGCCACCACCACCUCUCCCCCCUUAUGGUUUACCCCUUACCCCAGAUUCUGAAUUUGGAGGAGUGGCUGGAGUUGGGCAGGUGGCAGGAACUAGGAGCCGCUGUGCCCAGAGUCCUACAAAGGGACCAGGGAUGUCUGACUCCACUGUGGCUUUACCCCUCAGAGCAUACGGUCCCCCGGUGUGCCCACCCCAGCUCCAGCCUCUCCAAUACUGGCCUUUCUCCUCUGCAGAUCUUUACAACUGAAAAAAUAACCAUCCUUCUUUUUCUGAAAAUCCGGCAGGGUUAACUGGCCUGGUGGAGUCAUUAAUGUUUUCCCACCAGCCCACCUGGGAUGAUUGCCAACAGCUUUUUACAACAGUGGUCCUUUUCACCACUGAGGAAAGGGAAAGGAUCCUUCUAGAAGCCCGCAAAAAUGUGCCUGGAGUGAACAGGGCCCCGACUAACCUCCCUAACGAGAUUGAUGCUGGAUUCCCCUUGGACCGCCCCAACUGGGAUUACAACACUGAGCAAGGUAGGGGGAGGCUAGCCGGCUAUCGCCGGACUCUCGUGGCAGAUCUCAAAGGGGCCGCUAGACGACCCACCAAUUUGGCCAAGGUAAGAGAAGUUUUGCAGGGACCAACAGAACCCCCUUCUGUGUUUUUAGAAUGAUUGAUGGAGGCCUAUAGACGCUACACCCCUUUUGACCCAACCUCUGAGGGUCAGCAGCAGGUGGUGGCUAUGUCCUUCAUGGGGCAAUCAGCAACAGAUAUCAGAAGGAAAUUACAGCGCUUAGAUGGUCUGCAGAAUAUGCCCUUACAGGACAUAGUUAGAGAGGCUGAGACGGUAUUUCAUAAGAGAGAGACAGAAGAAGAAAGAAGAGAGAGAGAAAAGCGAGAAGCAGAGGAACAGAGAUUACAUCCUACUAGUCAACCUCUGUUUGCUUUCGAAUGGAGAGAUCCAGAUUCAGGACUGGCAGGAGAGCUGACCUGGACCCAGCUGCCUCAGAGAUUUAAAAACUCCCCUACUCUGUUUGAUGAGGCCCUCCAUCGAGAUCUGGCCACCUUUCGGGCCAAGAACCCACAAGUGAUGCUGCUGCUUCAGUAUGUGGAUGACCUGAUCUUGGCGGUGGACACCAAACAAGAAUGUACCGAGGGGACUGAGGGCCUACUAACAGAACUAGGUAAGCUGGAAUAUCGGGCCUCAGCUAAAAAAGCCCAGUUAUGCCGUACCGAGGUCACCUACCUAGGCUACCUGUUUAAAGAUGGAAAAAGAUGGCUGACGGAGUCUCGGAAAAAGACAGUAACCCAGAUCCCAACACCAACCACACCCCGGCAGGUGAGAGAGUUUCUGGGGACAGCUGGUUUUUGUAGAUUGUGGAUACCUGGAUUUGCUACCCUGGCUGUUCCCUUAUACUCCCUGACAAAAGAGAAGGGGGAGUUCAUAUGGACUCCGGAGCACCAUAAGGUGUUUGAAAACAUCAAGAGGGCCUUCCUGUCGGCACCGGCUUUGGCCCUACCUGAUCUAACCAAACCUUUCACCCUAUAUGUAGAUGAAAGGGCAGGAACAGCAAGGGGGGUCCUCACCCAGACUCUGGGGCCAUGGAAAAGGCCUGUAGCAUACUUAUCAAAAAAACUGGACCCCGUUGCCAGCGUUGGCCCUCCUGCCUAA